AUGAAACGGAUGGCAAAAACGCUGAAAGCUGUUCAGUAGGAACUGAAAAGCGUGAAGGCUAAAAGUGGUGAUGUUGUGGAGUCUGAGGCUCCGCAGACGCUGGACAUUUCAUCCAUAGAGAAAGCCAGUUUCCUUCAGGAGGAGCAAUAUUCUUCACAUGGUAACCCGCUUCACAGCACGGCUCUGGAGGAAGAUCUCAGUCCUAGAGCUGAACAAAACCAAAGAGCUGCCCCAGAAAAGACGGGCCGACAGCGAGCUGCUGGGGAGACUCCGACUACAAAUAAAUCCAAAAGUGUUUCAAAGGCACUGGAGAAGAUCACAGCAUCCGAAGAGAACCAGGAACCAUCUGAGCCAAGAAAACAAGGAGCAGCGGCCACAGUAAGAAGAGUUCAAGGCGGGGCGUUGCCAACCAUAUCGGAGCACAGAGAGGAUGUAGGGAAGAAAAGAGCAUCGCUGACUGCCACCUCCAAGAAGGGUCAGAGGUCAGCAAAAGGCACAUCUCCAGGAGAAAAACGGAGGUCAUGUUCAUCCUCAGCAGAGCUUACAGAUGAGGAUGAGAGCUUUCAUCCAAGCAAGGAGAAAUCUAAGAGAAGGCGAUCAUCAUCCAGCCGACGGCAGAGUGGACAAAAACACAAAAGAAAAUCUUCAUCAGAGUCCUCCGAGAGAGCAGGCCCCUCUAAAAGAGCGAGAGUUUUAAGAAGUCCAUCUGACCUGGAUGUGGUGCUUGAUGCAUUUCAGGAGUUUGUCGGCCAGUAUAAGCAGACGGUGAACUCUGACGCUGUGAAGCGCACCAUUGACGCAUUCAUUCGCUCAGUUGAAGAGCAGCUCUCAGAGAUCAUAACAGAAUCAAGAGAACUUAAGAAUCUAAAGAGAGAAAACGCCAAGGUCAAUAGUGCCAUUAACAAGAAGAGGACCAGACUUUUGGAAGCCAAAAAUGACUUCAUCAAAGGAAAAGCAAAGCUGACAUCGCUUCAGAAAGAAUGCGAUGAAUUGGAACAGAGACUCGAAGCUCUGAGAGAAGGAACUUCGUUCCUCAACAACCUGCAGGAGCUCAACAGGAGAUACCUGAAGCACCGCACCGCUCAUCCGGAUGAGGUGGAAACGUUUGGCCCGUCUUGUCUGCCUGCCAUGUUGCUUGAAGCCAGAUCAAUCUUGGGAACAGAGCAACAGCUAAAGAAUGUCAAUGACCAGCUACAGCAGAUCAUAGAUGAGACUGAAGAUCAACCAUCAACACAUACCGUUCAGCUAAACCAAUAA